UUCAUGACCAACAUAGUUGUGCAGCAGAAAGUGGAGAAAUGCAUUUUAUGAUAGGAAUGACAUUUGCUAAUGCAAAAGAAGCUAGAAGUGCUAUAGCUAACUAUUCUGUCGCGGCAGGGGUUAAACUCAAAAUAGACCCGAAUGAACCUCAAAGAAUUAGGGCGAAAUGUGUGAAUGAAGUAAGUUGUCCAUUCAACUUAUACAUAUCUAAAGAUGGAAAAAAUCAAGGUUUAGCUGUGAAGACAUUGAUCAAUGAACAUAAGUGUUUUAGACAUUAUUCCCUAAACACUGCUUCAGCAAGUUGGUUGGCCAAGUAUUUUAAGGACAAAAUUUAUAAAAAUCCAAAGUAUACUGCUCAAAUGAUGAAAGAUGAUGCAGAGAAGGAAUUGAAGAUCAACGUAGCUACUGACAAAUGUAAAAGGGCUAAAAGACAAGUUAUUCAAGAGUUGGAUGGAUCAUUUAAAGUGGAAUUUAGCUAUCUCGCAGCCUAUGCUGCUUCACUUAAAAGAAGUAAUCCGGGCACAAAGGCUGAGAUUGAUUUAGACAAAGAAGCUCUGAAAGAAGGAAGAAGAGUGUUCAGAAGGAUGUUUAUAUGCUUCGAAUCAUGCAAAAGAAAUUGGUUGAAUGGGUGUAGACCUCUAAUAGGACUUGAUGGGUGCUUCUUAAAAGGAGUUACUAAAGGUCAAUUAUUAGCAGCUGUUGGUGUGGAUGGCAAUGAUCAGAUGGUUCCAAUAGCUUGGGCAGUGGUAGAUAAAGAAAAUAAAAAUAAUUGGAAGUGGUUUUUAUGUUGGCUAGCACAUGAGCUUGAUUUGGAUGAUGGUUCCAGAUUAACAUUGAUCUCGGAUAUGCAGAAGGGUUUACUUGGAUCUAUACAGUUGGUGGUUCCCCAAGCUGAACAUAGGUGGUGUGCUAGACACGUUUGGGCAAACUGGUCAAAGAAAUGGAAUGGCGGUGAAUUAAAGAAAAAGUUCUGGAUAUGUGCAUGGAGCACAUUUGAAGAAGAAUUCAAGGAAAAUUUAGAAAAAAUGGGGAAAGUGAGUAAGAAAGCUGCAGAAUCCCUAGUCUGGUAUCCUCCUUCGAGGUGGUGCAGAGCCUACUUUAGUAGACGAUGUCACUCACAGAUGGUAGACAAUAACAUAACAGAAUCUUUCAAUUCAUGGAUAUUAGAAGCCCGACACAAGCCUAUCAUAAGCAUGCUUGAAGAAAUUAGAACCAAAGCUAUGAUAAGGAUAAAAGAGAAUAAGAAGUUGUCAGAUAAGUGGUUCAAUAAUUG